CCCCAAUCUCUCGCAGCGCCGUCUCAGCCUCCGCCAUGGCCGCCGUCGCCGCCUCUGGCAUCGCUGCCGCCUUCGUCGUGGGCGCCGUCGGCCUCGGCAUCGCCAGCGUCGCCAGGACCUUGGCCAACAUUCGCUUCCGCCGCCGAUACCACCACCGCUACGGCCGCUCGAUUCGCGAGGACGCGGCGGCGCUGGAGCGGACGAUGGCGCUGAUCCGACAGGAGGACGUCACCGGCUGCGGGAUGCGGCUCGUGUGCGAGCUGGGGGCGCGGCCCGCCCGCGACCGCGACGCCCACGGAGACGCCAUCCUGGAGCUCGUCGGGACACUCCCCCCAGGAUCCGACCUUCACGCCCUCAGCGCCGGCGAGGGAGUCAGCGCCCUCCAGGAGUACAGGAGAGCCAGGAGUCUGGGUGAACGUGGCCAUGACUGCGAGAAAGCAUUUCGUUUUUGUCCUUUUAAUGGCACGGAACUCAUGUCAGCCGUUGUGGGUUAUGUGUCAUGAGAGCUUCUGUUAUGUGGGUUGUUUUUUGCGUGGGUCAGAGUGUUAUUCGUUGUUGUGUGUCACGGAUUGUGUGGCACAAGGUAGGUCAUAAGAUAGAGUGUUAUGUUUUUUGGGUCUUAGUGUUACACGUUGGCGUGUCAAGUGUCAUAUUGUCCUGAUUAUCUGUGUCAAGCCCCAUCUUCAGUGGAAUUGAUGUUCAGUUAUUUUUUUCUUCAGCUAUUCCCUUUUGUUUGUAUUCUGCCUUCCAAACUUGUGUAAAAAAUAUCGUAGCCAAACAGAUUUAACUGCAAGUGCUGCUUUUGGCCUCAUGACACAUCCGUGUAUGUAUGCGGACACACCAUAUGCGUAUAUACACGCAUAUACAGUAUAUGUGCAUAUAUACAUUUACAAAGUAUGUGUGCACACACACACAGUGUGUUUAAAUCAU